ACGCUGAUAACCUCACUUUUGCCAUAACCUGCAAAACAAUAACACAUUUUUGAAUUUCAAGUAACUUAUAUUACAAACUAAAAAAAUGACAAUAAUGACUUCAAAACACGAAUCCCUUGAUGAAAAGCCAGAAAGCGAAGAAUUUGAUUCGGACGCAGACGACGAAGGUGUAAAUUCUGAUGAUGUAGGAAGUGACAAUGAAGAUGGUCCAGCAAACACAGGCUGGGCGGAUUCAGUAUCGAAAAUACUGAAAGCAAACAAACCUAAAGGAAAGAAAACUAUAGUGUUGUCAAAAGCGAAGAAGCUCACUGAUGUAAAGAAAAAAGCCAAACCAGUUGGUUUUGAAGUGCAAACAGCAGAAGGUGUCAUCAAAGAAGAAGUAGUCGAACCAGAAAAUGAAGAAGAGGAACAUAAGGAACCACUUCGAAAAAGGAAAAAAGAACUUCCAAAUUUACGUGUUAAGCCAAACAUCCUGGAGAAAGACAGGGAAAGACUGUUGAGCAAAAUAGCCACAAAAGGUGUUGUACAACUGUUUAAUGCUGUAAAAGCACAACAAAAAGAUAUUAGUAAUAAAUUGCAAGAAGCUGGUCCCUUGGAAGUGAGAAAAGAGAAAGUGAUGAAAAAUAUUGACAAAAGAGCGUUCUUAGACGUUCUUAUGGGUGAAAAAUCGACUAAUGUGGAAUUAGAAGAAGCAGCUAAAACUGCAAAACCCAAAAAAGAAAAUGAUAAAGACAAAACCUGGAGUGUUUUAAAAGACGAUUUUAUGAUGAGUGCAAAGUUAAAAGAUUGGGACAAAGAACUAGAAGAAGAGGAUGACAGUGAGAAUGCUGAAAUGGAACUUGAAUCAGAUUAGUAACAUUUUCAUUAUUUUAUAUAAAUAUAAUUACAAAAAAUA